UUCUGAUGAAAGAGCGUAGUUGAAAACUACAUUACCCACAGUGGACUAUUAUAGCCUACAGUGACUACAUUCUACUGCUUAACCCGGGAUGUCAUAGCGCUGCUAUUUUCUCCUCACAGUCCCUCUCACUUUCAGCGUACAUUUCCAGUGGAGUGACACGGGGCUUUGGAAAGAAAGAAACGGACAUCAAGAGACAAGCCACAAGCCAAAAAUGGCAGAUCUUGGUACGGGGAGCCUGUCGUUGGGUGAUCCUGUUUUUAAUUACCAAGAACACGAGCUGAAUGAGCGGCUCAAGCGGCUUUAUCCGGCCGUGAACGAGGAAGAGACCCCUUUACCCCGAUCAUGGAGUCCCAAGGAUAAAUACAGCUAUAUUGGGCUGUCACAAAACAACCUGAGGGUCCAUUACAAAGGGCAUGGCAAAAAUCACAAGGAUGCCGCAUCCGUACGAGCCACACAUCCGAUUCCUGCUGCCUGUGGGAUCUACUAUUUUGAAGUCAAAAUUAUCAGUAAAGGUCGUGAUGGCUACAUGGGAAUCGGCUUGUCUGCACAAGGGGUCAACAUGAAUAGACUGCCAGGAUGGGACAAGCACUCAUAUGGUUACCAUGGAGAUGACGGGCAUUCCUUCUGCUCCUCCGGGACUGGCCAACCAUACGGUCCAACUUUUACAACGGGUGAUGUGAUUGGCUGCUGUGUUAAUCUCAUCAACAACACUUGUUUUUACACCAAAAAUGGCAUCAGUUUAGGUGUAGCUUUCACAGACCUCCCCCCUAAUUUGUACCCUACAGUGGGACUACAAACUCCGGGUGAGAUUGUUGAUGCAAACUUUGGACAGCAGCCAUUUGUCUUUGACAUUGAGGACUACAUGAGUGAAUGGAAAGCUAAAAUCCAUGGGAUGAUUGCUCGCUUCCCAAUAGGAGAAAGGCUGGGUGACUGGCAGGCUGUCCUGCAGAAUAUGGUGUCAAGCUACCUUGUCCACCAUGGAUACUAUGCCACUGCCACUGCCUUUGCCAGAGCCACAGAGACAAUGAUACAAGAAGACCAGACAUCUAUAAAGAACAGACAAAGAAUACAAAAGCUGGUGCUGGAAGGACGUGUGGGUGAAGCCAUUGACGCUACUCAGCAACUUUAUCCUGACCUAUUAGAACGCAACCCAAAUCUUCUGUUCAUGUUGAAGUGUCGUCAGUUUGUGGAAAUGGUGAACGGUACAGACAGUGAGGUUCGCUGCUUGACCAUUCGCUCUCCCAAGUCCCAAGGGAGUUACCCUGGUUCUCCCAAUGUUAGCCCUUGCCACGGGGCAGGAAAUUCAAACAUGCACACUGGAGGUGGAGAAAGCCCAACAUGCAGUAAUGGGGUGACUCCCUCCAAAAAAUCAAAAAGCCACAGUAGCGUUGUUAGCAGCAACAUAAAAUACCCCAGCACGUCCUCCUCAGCCUCCUCAUCCACCUCCUCCUCACCUUCAUCCAUCAACUACUCUGAGUCAAAUUCUUCUGACUCCACCAAGAGCCAGCCACACAGCAACAACAGCAACCAAGAAACCAGUGACAGUGAGAUGGAGAUUGAAGCGGAACACUACACUAAUGGGGUUGUUGAGGGCUCAACCCAUCGUAUCAUGAAUGGCACAUAUAAACACCAAGAGAUACUUCAGCCAGAUGACAACAGCAUUGGAGAAGAGGGUUAUAGAAAUGGCAGACAACUUUGUGGAGGGAACCAGGCAGCUACAGAAAGGAUGAUACAAUUUGGAAGGGAACUUCAGGCACUGAAUGAAAAGCUGUGCCGCGAGUAUGGAAAGAAUACAACACAUAAGAAGAUGUUGCAGGAUGCAUUCAGCCUGUUAGCGUAUUCUGAUCCGUGGAACUGCCCCGUGGGCCAGCAGUUAGACCCCACACAGAGAGAGUCACUCUGCUCAGCACUCAACAGUGCCAUACUAGAGUCCCAAAAUCUGCCUAAGCAGCCUCCUCUGGUGUUAGCGCUUGGCCAGGCUACAGAGUGUGUGCACCUAAUGGCCCGGGUCAGGUCUGGUUCCUGCUCCUUUGCCAGAGUAGACAACUUUUUGCUCUAGCCUUUCUGUGGGUUCAUGUUAAGUUGCACUGAUAGAGUGGGCAUGUCCGCCAGGUGAUUGUCAUGGCUACAGAGAAGAAAGCAUGUGUGUGAUUGGUGUGUUUGGCCCACUGUCAGCGACACAGCCGGCAGCCCAGACAGAAAAAGCAGAGAGAAGAGUAGAAAAGAAAGCUUCCUUUUUAAUUUAGUAUUAUCAAAUAAAUGUGUGACCUAAUUUAAAUAAUUAUAUUUCUGUUUAGAUAGACAUUUUUUGUUCAGAUUGUAGUGCUCAUCUCUGCCAAACAAAUGGGCCUUCUCCUUUAUGCUCUUCAUUGGUGGAUUUUGACUCCCAACAAGACGUUUUCGACAUAUUUCAAUUUUCAGCUUCACCAGCUCUUAUGCCACACCGCCUACAAUUGGCUACCAUGGUGACCCUCGCAAUAGUUGGUCAUUAUUACAUCAUCCUGAAUGAGAUACAAGUGCCCCGGAAAUAUACACUCGGACUAGUAUCCUUUUCACAAUGCAAUGCCAAGCAGAACACUUACUUUGCCAGGAGAGAGAAACAAAAGGCUUGAAAAGAUGUUUGCAGAUGUUUGCUCACCUCGUCUUUGAUGUUCAAUCUUUAAAAACUCCUCCCCCAAGUAUUAGAUUUUAAGCAGUUUCUAUUUCGUAUCAGUUUUCUAAUGGACAGCGCAUUUAAAAAAAAAAAAAAGUUUUGAUGUUUUCUGUCCCGUCCCAUCCACAGUAAUCCUAAACCUCAAUUAAAAAAAAAAAAAAGUGUAAGCAUAAACUGCUUCAAUGCUAUGUGGUUACUGACACAACUGAGGACAUGCUAUUACUUUCCCACACCAUCCUUAGUUGAAUGAAAAAUAAAUAAAAGACGGGUACAUGUUUACUCAAGUUAAGAAGAAUAAGCACGAAUUUAUGUGCAAACUUUAGCAAAAAUUAACAUGAACUGCAUAGCAAUAGCAUAAGAACGUUUUGCUUUUAUUACUUCCGUUCUGCAAGAGAAAUGUUUGUAACUGACAACUAACUUGACCUAUUUUUUCCUCACAUUUUACAGCCAAGGAAAAAUACCUGGCUUAUUUUGUGGUCAUGUACAACUUGCUGCAGCAGCGCUUAGAUCAUUUUGACACAUUUAGUCACACUUGACAUCCAAAAUGAGUUAUGUCAGCGCAGUUCAAAUAAUUAUUCUGUGUUUACUAUAGAAUAAAUGUAUCUUCAUUCCCAUGCACAUGUGAGUGCUUUUAUUUUUUUCUUUAUCUGCAAAUUAAACAUUCGCAAAUCUGUUCUGGAAAAAAAAAUUACAAAACAUUGCUUUUACUCCCAAGAAUACAACAAAACACAAUUUUUUUUU